UUAAACAAACUUCUUGGUAACCGCUCCAUAUUCAACUAACAUCGCUUGCGAAUCAGACGUUUGAACUUCAUGAUUCCUUUGAAGAUGACUUCGAAUAAGACUUUGAAUUGUCGAGGCGACGACGCCGAACCGGUUUACCAGAUAUGUCAACAAUCGCUCACCAGGGAUUACCAGGUUAUUCAGAUCAAGGAUGAGAAUCGGAGAAUAAAGAUGAUCCUCCGUGCAACUGACCACAACUCAUUCACCACGGUGGUGUCUCUGCCGGCUACACGGAAGAGGCCAGCAGUGGCCUUUGACCACGGAUCGUUCCCCAAAAAGAGGAGAUCAACGAGCUAUCAUGCUCACUAUCGUCGUAGCGUGGCUAAGGCUGCCGCCAGAAGUGUUGGACAACCGACGGUCAGAAAGAGACUGUUGCCACAGAAUGAGGGGCAUGAACCGAAGAGGCCUCGCGUCGCUGAGUCCCAGGACUCAGACAGUGACAACAGGAGUCCCAGCAUCGACAAUGACUGGUUCAUCCAAGUAGGACUCAGUGCAAAAGAUAUUGAGGUACUGGACAAUGGGGAGUGGCUGACAGACGAACAUAUCUCCGCGGCACAGAGACUGCUCCGCCGUCAGUUCCCUACUUUCGGCGGGCUGCAGGAGCCUGUCCUUGGGGAAAUACUCCAGUUUGAGCCCAUGACCACGGACGGAGCCCAGAUCAUGCUUAAUGGAGGAGGGCACUGGGUGACUGUCUGCAGGGCAAACAGUGAAAUAAAACUGCUGGAUAGCAAAAAUGAAGGACUUAAUUCGAAGCUGUCCAGCCAGAUCAUAAAUUUGUGCGGGGACAAGGUUGGGCGAUCAUUAGGCCUCCAAGUCCAGCUUCCCGUGAUGCACCCGCAGCGAGGUUCCAGCGAUUGCGGACUCUUCGCUGUUGCCUAUGCCACCGAGGUGGCUUUCGGGGGAAGACCCGAAUUGACUGUCUUUGAUCAGAAAGCAAUGAGGAAGCAUCUUAAGUGUUGUCUGGAAUCACAAAAGAUGACACCCUUCCCAAGGAAGAAUUGCGCCCAAAGGACUUCUAGAAAUGUUGGGUGCAAAGCUCAGACACUCAGGAACUGAUUAUUUCAUCGUAUUUUAUAUUUAAUAUUGAUCUUCAUUUUGUUGAGAAAGGCAGAAUCAGGAAUGAAAUUCAAAUUUAUUUUUCAAGAAAAAACGGAUUGCCGGAUUAUGUGCACAUUUUAGAACAUAUUUUUUCUAUUUAAAUGAAAUAAAUAAAUUACAUGUAACGUGUAUUCAGUCUUAAUGUUUUGUAAUUUAAAAAGUGCAACAUGAUCUUAACUUGAAACCAACUUGGGAAAGACAUCCAAAAGAGACGCGUUUACGAUAAAAUAUUUCAUUCCGUAUGCACUGCACUAAAUUCGAACUGAAAUAAAUUUAAUGAAACGGGAAAUUUCAUUUAAAAAUUGUGAAAUAAAUCA